AGCUCACUUCCGCCCCGCGCCAAGAUGGCGGCGCCCGGGCCCUGCCACGCAGACUUCCGCCGGGCGCCGGGAGCCGGGGCUGGCCGCGGGCGGCGGUGAAGGCGGACGCGUGUGCCGGGGAGCCGCGGCGCGCUGGUGCGGCCGAGGCCCCGAGGAGGCAGCAUGUCGGAAGGAAAGGCCGCGGGCGAGCCCAGCGCCCCGGGGGGGUCCCGCUCCCUCCUCACCGGGGCCCGGGGGCUGAUCGGGCGGCGACCCGCGCCCCCGCUCACGCCGGGUCGCCUUCCCUCCAUCCGCUCCAGAGACCUCACCCUCGGCGGAGUCAAGAAGAAAACCUUCACCCCAAAUAUCAUCAGUCGGAAAAUCAAGGAAGAGCCCAAGGAAGAAGUAACCAUCAAGAAGGAGAAGCGAGAAAGGGACCGCGACCGGCAGAGAGAGGGCCAUGGGCGGGGUCGAGGGCGCCCAGAAGUGAUCCAGUCCCACUCCAUCUUUGAGCAAGGCCCUGCUGAAAUGAUGAAGAAAAAGGGGAACUGGGAUAAGACGGUGGAUAUGUCGGACAUGGGGCCCUCUCAUAUCAUCAAUAUCAAAAAAGAGAAGCGGGAGACAGAUGAAGAAACGAAACAGAUCCUACGCAUGCUGGAGAAGGAUGACUUCAUCGAUGACCCUGGGCUGAAGAAUGACACUCGAAACAUGCCCGUGCAGCUGCCACUGGCCCACUCCGGGUGGCUUUUUAAGGAAGAGAAUGAAGAACCAGAUGUGAAACCUUGGCUGGCCGGUCCCAAGGAAGAGGACAUGGAGGUGGACGUGCCUGCUGUGAAAGUGAAAGAGGAGCCACGAGAUGAAGAGGAGGAGGCCAAGGUGAAGGCUCCUCCCAGAGCAGCCAGGAAGACCCCCGGGCUCCCAAAGGACAUAUCCGUGGCUGAGCUGCUCCGGGAGCUGAGCCUCACCCAAGAGGAAGAGCUGCUGUUCCUCCAGCUGCCCGACACGCUCCCGGGCCAGCCACCCACUCAGGACAUCAAGCCUGUCAAGACCGAGGUGCAGAGUGAGGAUGGGCAGAUGAUGGCCAUCAAGCAGGAGAAGGACCGGGAAGCCAGGCUGGCAGAGAAUGCGUGUACCCUGGCUGACCUGACGGAGGGUCAGGUUGGCAAGCUGCUGAUCCGCAAGUCAGGAAAGGUACAGCUCCUCCUGGGCAAGGUGACUCUGGACGUGACAAUGGGGACUGCCUGCUCUUUCCUGCAGGAGCUGGUGUCUGUGGGUCUCGGAGACAGUAGGACAGGUGAGAUGACGGUCCUGGGACACGUGAAGCACAAACUUGUAUGUUCCCCCGAUUUCGAGUCCCUCUUGGAUCACAAACAGCGGUAAAGUGAGGAGAUGAAGGCUGGUGGCGACCACGCCCAUGGCUGCUGCCUGCUCCAGACUGCUGGGUGCGACGUCGAAGGGGCCUGUUCAGCCUGCGCACGCCAGCCGUCGGCGGCCUCCGUCCUGGUCUUCCCCUGCCCUCACGGCAGUGAGUGAGGCUGCUCAUCCUGGUGCCGGGACUCCUCCCUCUUUAUUUAUUUUCUAUGGGUGUCUUCUCUCUUCCGCUGACUGCCACCUCCCUGACAGACGGGAGGCCCGUGGACGGUCCAGGCUCCUGGUCCGGGGGCCGCGUGUGGGUGCUCUGAGCUGGAAGCUCCUGCUGCGUGCGCCAUCCCCUUCUUCCUGAGCGGGCAGGGAGGAUUGGAGUCUGGGACCCAGCCCUGUGUCCCAGCUGUGUGACUGUGUGGGCAAACUACCUAAGCUCUCCAAGCCUCAUAUUCCUCAUCUAACCCCAAAGGGGAUCUACUACCUCUCGGGGCAGGCGUGAGGAUUAAAGAAAUACGAGAGAGGGGAAGUCCUCGAGGGCCAGACAGCCACGGUAGGCACUCAAUAAAUGUCAGGUUCCUUUUGCCGGGGCCUUUACAAAUCCAAUGAGCGCUUCCACAGCUCUCCCAGAGUGACUCGCGGCUUUCCCCUGUGUUCUAAGCCCAUAGACCCCCCCCCCAGGCCUGGUGCUGCAGAAGUCUGAGCCUCUUGGUCCUGCACACUCUUCGCCAAGCGCCCUCUGUUCAUGGGGGGAGGCAACUUCAGUUUUCUCAGCCGAGCAGUAUCUUUCCCCCACCUCGGCACCCAGCAGAUGUUCUUGGAAGUCAUAACCGGCCCCAUCCUCCUCCUGCACUUGACUCCUGUGGUCACCAGCCUGCACUCUACUUGCUCCCAUGAAACUGUUGUUAGUAUCUAAUUUCUGUAAGUGGUGAAGUCCUCACUACAUCAUAUGCUGCUGAGAAACUUCCUUGGUUAGACAGGAAGUAGUGACGUGUGGAGGAAUAAUGACUUUAUGACUCCCACCUCAGAAGCUUUGGUUUUGAGAAGCCCCCCCCCCCCAAUUUCCUAUCUAGUGGCCACCCACUCUACUUGAAUUGAAUCUCUGCCCCGCUACUGCUCUGUCCUUUGGGACCUUGUUUCUUCCCCCAGGCUGGGACCCUUGAAUGUAUGGUCCCUAGAGAAGCAGUUCUGCGCCCAGUCUUUGGCUGCGGGCUAAUUUUCCCCGGUUGCAGGGGGUGCUGUCUUGGAGGUUAGGAAAGGCCUCCUGCCCUGAGCUCUCUGCUCCUUGUGCCUGUGUUACAGUCGCUUUGGUGGAGCUGUGGAAACCACCUCUGGAGCGGCAACGAACCGCCCAGGCUUGGUCAGAGCUGCCUCUUGGCAACAUUUCAGUGGCCCCAGCGGUUUUGAAGGGAUUCACAUCCCUUAUUCUCACCUUCUUUUCCACACUGAGCCUUUUUUCAUCACAACUGGGACUGUUCCACACCGAUCACUGGAAGCUGCCCAGCUCGCAGCUAUGGGAUGGGCAGAGAAUCACGUCCCCUGGUUGGCCCCCAUGUAGCUCAGCACUCGGGGAGCUGCUGAGAAGUUGUGUUCUCUCCUCGCUCUGGAAGACCGGAGCUGACGCGUUCCUGGGAGACACGUGCCCUGGACGUCCUGUUGGCUUGAGGUUGAGCUUCAGAGGAACAGCUGCGCUGCGGUGUCUGGGCUUCUGUACUUGCUUCUCCUUUUCACCCGGCAGGGGCGCUGCCAGGGGGCCUCUACUGUGAGCCUCUCUCUGCUCUGAGUCUGGUUCAUGAACACCUUUCUGCUGCUGCUUUGGCCAACUCACAGGCCCUUGUUAGAUGUUUGGGGAUUUGCGGUCUUCAAGAAAGCUCGAGAAGGAGCAUGUGCCACUUUAACCUUCGUACACCAUUUCAGGUGUUCUGGGGAUUAAACGUAAUGACCCUGCAUCAGAGUCCCUGUGACCUGUCUCAAUGAUGCCCAGGUUGAGUGUCAUCAAUAAAAGUAUGGAAGAAAGAUGAGGCACAUCUGCUUUCUUGCCAAGCCUCUGAAGCAUACAUAUAAGCCAACAAAUAAAUCUAGGUCACAGGAGUAAGAACCCAAAGCCAAAUUAAAGUAUGAAAGUGCAUGUGUAUUUGUUACCAACCUGCUUAUGUGUGUGUGCAUUUUGUUAGGGUACUAAGGGAAGUUUAGGCUCAUUUAUGUUUUUCAGCUACUUGAUUGAGUGACAGAGUGUGAACUUGAGAGGCAGGAUUAGAUUUGAAUCCACUUCAGCCCCACCAAUAACUUGGGUGGGGGAUAAUUACUUACCUUCCCUAAGCUCAGUUUUCCUUAUUAACUGUAAAACGGAGAAUACCUGCUUCUUAAGAGAGUUGCAUUUAGACUAAAGUGGACAGGAGGCAUUCCUUCAGUGCCAGACAGAAAAUGCUGCUAUCAGGAUGUGCUCAGCUCAACUGACAGGAAACGAGACUGACAGUCACUUUGGAAAUAAGGACGUUUGAUUAUCUCUUCUUCUAACAAGUUUAGAGAUAGAAAGUUCCAGAGUUGGGUGGCAGCCAAAGUGGCAUGAAGUUGUUCUUGGUUCCGUUUGCUCUGCCAUCCUUAAUGUUGCAAAGUAACUGGUAGAGCCGAUGCUCUGGGUCAUUUUUGCAAAUGACUGUAUUCAAAGGAAGAGCAUGAUGUGAAAUAGAACACAGUAAAGAAACGUUCUCAUUCUGUGCCUGUCAGGAUUAGCCUGCAGAGGCCUCAGCACAACUGCCCAGUGUCUGCUAAGCCAGGUCACACCCUCACUUUGGACAAGGCACUGACAAGGGCUGGGUGGGCCGCUUUGUCCCCUCCGCUGGGUGUCCUAGUGCCUGUGGGACAGGGUUCUGUUAGCACAAAAGCAGAAUGACGGGUACAGUCUGUUAUAGUUGGCACCAUGUUAGACAAUACUGUCUAUUGUGGAUAAAUAAAAAAUAAUAUGUAUAAUCUUUAUGUGGAAUCUUUUAAAUUUUCACAUUCUUCUAAAUAAACCAGUUUUAACAUUUA